GUUAUACUCGACCUUAAAGCAGCAGGAUGGUCAGAAUUAAGAGAGAGAAAUGCCAUCUACAAAGAGUUCUCCUUCAAAAAUUUUAAUCAGAUGGCGUAAAAUCAGGGAAUACAGCACUUAUCUCUGUGCUGGUCAUCAAGUCACACAGUGGGAGGAACCCUGCUGUCAUUGAGGAAGCCAAGGCUGAAAGAAGAGUAACUAUGCAGGAUUUGCAACUGGUCAUAAUUCUCAAAGUUGCAAUGAAGAAUGCAUCUCAGACAUCAGGGCCUUUGGCUUUAUGUCUCGAGUUGCUCUACAAGCAGAGAAGAUGAAUCAUCACCCGGAAUGGUUCAAUGCCUAUAACAAGGUCCAGAUAACUCUCACCUCGCAUGACUGUGGUCAACUGACCAAAAGAGACGUGAAACUGGCCAAGUUUAUUGAAAAAGCAGCUGCUUCUUUGUGAUUUCUUUCAAAAUGCUUGUAAAAUCUUAUACACAUCUUAGGUGUAAUGUACUUUGAACAAAUUAAGCUGAAAAUUCAGUUCACCUUUCUACCACAUUUUGUAAAAUCAGUGCUUAAAUACAAAAUGACUUAAAUUUGAGCCUGAGGUAUUUUUCAUUAUAUCUAAGUCACAUAUAUAAGGCAUACCAACCGAGGUAGUUGUAUUAAUAAUACAGUAUUGAAAAAGAGAAGUAGCAUUUUUAAAGACCAGAAAUUGGGAUGGAGGAGCAUUCACACAUUUUAUAACCUGGAAAUUCAAGUGAUUAUGUUGACUUUACAAAUGCAUUGUGUUAGAGAAUAGUUGUAAGGUAGAAAAAGAAUGAUAAGCUCUGUAGGUAAAGGGUUGUAACCAUCUGUAACAAUUCUUAUGAAGUUAAAAUUGAUUCUUUAGCUGCUGUUAUUAAUUAGAUUUACAAAGUCACAAAAAUUGGGUGAGCUGUCUUGUAUUUUAUUCUUACUUUUCAGGCAGGCAGUUGAAGGAAGAGGACAAGUGUUUCGUCCAUAGCUUCCAGAACCUCUGACCUCUGAACUGAAGGUUCAUAGCCGUUGAGCUAGAAACUACUUGGGUAUUAUCCAGUAAUGAACUCUAUUUACUCCUUGUUUUACUGACAGGAGUAAACUGGAAUAUAAAGUAAUCUAUUAUUUAAAAAUUGCAAUAAGCAUUCUUUGAAGGAACUCAGAAAUGUACUUAUUAAUGAGCUUAGAAUGUAGAUUAAAAGAAUGUAUACAUAUAUAUUCAUCCAAGGAACACGUGUUAAUCUUUCAAAGCAUUAUUGUGGGAGGAUUUAAUAGGAAUCAUCUUUGAAACCCACCUCACUUUAGAGGCCAGAAAAUUCACUCUGCAUUACAACAAGCAAACCUUCCCCUCCCCACCCUUCCCCAGCCUCCAAUUU